AUGAGCGGCAGCGUCUUCUCUGAGACCCUGCAGCAGAUCACGGACACCAAGCUCUAUGAGCUCUCCAAGAAGCGUGCCGUCUUCGAAGCAAAGAAGGCUUCAACGCUCUCCUCCAUAGACUCCCAGGCAGAUCCUAUCGAGAGAUUAGUCGAUCUCAGUAAUGGCGUCAAGGAGUCUUUCGGCAUUAGGCUGGACAAAGACGGCAAGGUGCUCACAAACCUAACGAAGCACCCCCACCUCGAGGUACAGUUGAAGAAUCUCGAUCGCUUCCUUGCACAGGCGCGUUCAGAUCCCUCAGUCUCGAUCAAGACUCUCGCAGAUUGGGAGGAGGACCUGCUGCGUCACCUUGAGAUACAGUCCCUGAAGUUCCAGUAUGCCACCCUCUACGGGCAACUGGUGACUGAGUGGCUUUCUGGCGAUCAGAAGAAAGGGGGCGAAAAAGAAGAGGACACAGAGAUGGGCGAGGCAUUUGAAGAUGUCGGUAGCACAGCGAAGCUGAAGUCUAAGGAGGAGUGGGAAACAAAGGCCUUCGAACCAGCACAUGUCGACGUCAACUCACUUGGUAGCUACCUCGAGGUUUUGUUCGGGCUUGCCGAGUCUGAUCAGGAUCAAUUCAGUAAGAAAAGGCGGCAGGCUCUACAAAAGCUUCGAGAGGAAGUCAAAGACUUCGAGGUUGACAUCUCCCGCCCUGAUCAGCUGAACAGUGGCAAUCUUCGGUGGACAAUCCAGGGGCUCAUGUCCUCCGAAUUGUUGACGAACGAGAAACGGGAGGUCCUCAAAGACUUCUUGGGGAAUCCUGUCAUCUUAUCCGAGAUCGCCGAUGUCCUCAAUUUGCGUCUGGCUGCGCUCGAGUCUUGGGGCUGGGGCCCGAAUGGUGUCUCCGUUGAGCAACGCCGCAAAAUCAGCGGGGUAUUCUCCAUUCACAUGCACGAAGACGUUCUCCAAGCCAUAUUUCUUCAAUACAUCGGUGUCAAAUGGUCUGUGUUCUUCAAAAAAGCGCUCACCUCAUUUCGGAAGACGGAAGGCGCAUGGACUUCUCUGCACAAAGACAUACCCGAGCAUGAGAAGAGACGUCUCGAGUACUAUCUUGGACCGGUGCACCGCCGUCGAAGCCUUCAAAAAGAACGUCAAAAGCUUUACAACAAUGAGUACUUCGUCGCAAGACUCCUAUCGCGAGUCAACGAGGUCAUCGAGACUGUGGAUGGAGAGGUGGAAGCUAAUUUUGACAGCUGUGUCGAAUCUCUAGCUGUUGGGGUACGGAACAGGAAGCGAAAGAAGCUAUUCGCUUUAAGAAGCUUGGCUUCCAAAACUGACGCGGUGGAUUCUUAUUCUCCUUCCGAGCCCGAAUUCUGCUCGGAUGAAGAGGAAGAUGAUGAAGUGAAUACUUCUAAGCCGGCGAAGACACCAAUGCAGCUUAAGCAACAGGUAGUUCAUCUCCUCUCUACCGAGAUUGCCAUCAACAAAAAGCUACACGGUGGACUCACUGCUUUCCAUGCUGUAUUCGAGGAAUGGGAGUCUCUUCUACCUCAUGAGACCAUCUGCACUAUCCUACGUUUCCUUGGAGUCUCCCAGGUUUGGAUUGGUUUCUUCGUCCAAUACCUCCAGGCCCCGCUUCGAUUCAUGGGCGAGGGUCAUGAGUCGUCCAAGAUUCGCCGCCGCGGUAUUCCUACAUCACACGCACUCAGCGACGUCCUAGGAGAGACUGUCCUGUUCUGUCUGGACUUGACGGUUAAUCAAGCUGCAUCUGGGCAACCUCUGUGGAGGUACAACGAUGAUCUGUGGUUUUGGUCCCCCGAUCAUGAUACUGCAGUCGCAGCAUGGAAGGCUGUUGAAGGCUUUGCUAGCGUUACAGGUACCUCCAUCAAUCCUCGGAAGACCGGCUCUGUCCGCAUCUCAGAGAAGCAGGAAUCGCAGCUCGAGAUCAAUGAACUUCUCCCUCAAGAAGGCAUUCGAUGGGGCUUCCUUUUCCUUUCGCCGCAGACAGGACGCUUCGAGAUCGACCAAAAGAUGGUAGACAAGCAUAUUGACGAGCUCAGGAAGCAGCUGAACGACAAAUACAGCGUUUUCAGUUUCAUCCAGACUUGGAAUGCAUUCGCAGCCAAAUUCUUCUCUUCGAACUUUGGCAAGUCUGCAAACUGCUUCGGGCGCCAGCAUGUCGAUGAUAUGCUGGCGACGCACAAGCGUAUCCAGCAGCAGAUUUUCUCCUCUGAUAGUGGGAACGGACGUAUGGGUACAUCCUCCAGCAUAAUUGGUUAUCUUAGGGAGACAAUCGAGCAGCGCUUUGAUAUCAAGAACGUCCCGGAUGGCUACUUCUAUUUCCCUGUGGACCUCGGCGGGCUGGACCUUCAGUCACCAUUCAUCUCACUGCUCCAGAUCCGAGACUCUGUUCUCGAGUCUCACGACAGUCUCAUCAAGGACAUGUUUGAGACCGAGCAUGAGGCCUACACUCGCUUCAAAAACCGAUUCAUCAGCGGCACCGUCAAUCGCAAACAAACAAGCAACCCCCAGUGGCGGCCUGAAGCACAGCACGAUCGCGAUAAUUUCCUUGACAUUGCCGAGUUUGUCUCACACCGCGAGGAUCUGGGAAUCAUCACCGACGAGUCCGCGCCGCACGACAUCCUCUGGGUGUUCCAGCAGCUCAUGGCGCAACCCGUGGAAGAGAGCAUCGACGAGGUCCCGGAACCCCGGACCGGGCUGGCGCAGCUCAAACCCGGCGGCCAGGCGAUCAAGCAGCAGUGGCACGACAUGGAUGCCACGUGGCGCUGGAUCACGGCAAUGUACGGGCCGGAGAUUGUGGAGCGGUUUGGGGGACUGAGUAUUGUUGAUUCAGGCCUUUUGCCUAUGGGUAUGGUCGGACUUUUGAGGGAAAAGAGGGUUACUUGGCAGGGAUGA